UGCGGCCGCGCAAGCAUCCCGUAUCUCACCCUAUAAGAAUCGGGAAAGACCCGAGAUGAUCCUCGGAUCUGGCAGAGCCCAUCGCCCGUCGGGAUCUGUGGGCCCACGCGGGACCCGCCAAGGCAAAUGGAUCGGGAAAUCCUAGCCAUCCGAUGAGUAUGGAUCCAUGGCCCACCGGCACAGGAAGAAGGCCCGAAGGACCCCACCCAUCAACGGCUGCAGGGUCACCUACAGUUUCCUCAAAAGGCGUUCCUUAGUCCUUUCCGUCCGUCCAGCUGGCAAGCAGAACCAUCCGCCACAAAACCCUUCCCACCCUCUCUCUCUCUCUCAACCCUUUCGAAAGCAAACCCCAGGCGCACGUUAACAUAUACUCCGUUUCCGGACCUUUCCCUUUCUCUCAAAUCCACUUAAACCCGUCGAUUUCAAGCCCAUUCAAAUCCGCUCCUCGCUCGCCUCCUCGGGAUGUUGUCCCUCGACCCUACGGUAAAAGUAUACUCGGGCUUUUAGUCGGUACAAAAUGGGCCCAGGAUUCAUUAAUCCUGACCGUUGAUAUUUUACCCCUCUACCUUAAAUGCGCCAUUAACAAGUCAUCCGUCUUCUAUCAUGCAAAUGGACCGUUGAGAAGAGAAAUCCAGCAACAGUCCAAUUCAGUUCGAAAAGAUGUCCAAGAUUAUCGGCCAGAAUAAUUGCAUCUGAGAUUUUUUAUUGUUAUUUGAUACAUCUACGUUGUGUCUCGAUAGACCAACGGUCUAGAUCACUGGAAUGUGGACCCAGUUCUCCAAACUAAGAACCCCGAGUAUAUCCAUAUCGUUGGGCGGAGGAUCAUAUAGCCCCUCUCUCCCUCUCACUGUCUUUCCGCUUUCAAAACAAAAACCCCCACCUCCUUCCCUCUCUCUCAAAUAUGCUGUUUUCUCACUCUCUUCCUUCAAAUCCCUCGAAAUACCCCUAUCAAUAAUUAAAAUUCCUUCCAUAUCCUACCCAUCUUUUUAUCUUUUCCUUUCCCUCCUCUUCAAGCUUUCUAACCGUUCGAGAGAGAGAGAGAGAGAGAGGGAGAGAGAUGGACCCUGGAUCCGCACAGUACAAUCCUCGAACCGUCGAAGAAGUCUUCAGAGAUUUCAAGGGCCGGAGGGCUGGCAUGAUCAAAGCCCUCACCACCGAUGUUGAGGAAUUCUACCAGCAGUGCGAUCCAGAUAAGGAAAAUUUGUGCCUUUAUGGGCUUCCUAAUGAGCAAUGGGAAGUCAAUUUACCUGCUGAAGAGGUUCCUCCAGAACUCCCUGAACCUGCACUGGGCAUCAACUUUGCCAGAGAUGGGAUGCAAGAGAAGGAUUGGUUAUCUUUAGUUGCCGUCCACAGCGAUGCAUGGUUACUUGCCGUUGCAUUUUAUUUUGGUGCUAGAUUUGGAUUUGAUAAAAGUGACAGGAAACGCCUCUUCGGCAUGAUAAACGACCUCCCAACAAUAUUUGAAGUGGUGACAGGAACUGCAAAGAAGCAAUCCAAGGAGAAAUCGUCAACGACAAAUCACAGCAGCAACAAAUCGAAGCCAAAUCCAAAAGUGCGGGUCUCCGAGUCUCAGCCCAAGUACCCAAAGGGGGUGGAGAAGGAAGAAGAGGAGGGCCUGGAUGAGGAAGACGAGGAGCAUGGGGAGACCCUGUGUGGAGCAUGUGGGGAGAACUAUGCAUCAGAUGAGUUCUGGAUCUGCUGCGACAUCUGCGAGAAGUGGUUCCAUGGUAAGUGCGUGAAGAUCACUCCGGCGAGGGCUGAGCACAUCAAGCAGUACAAGUGCCCAUCUUGCAGCAACAAGAGAGCUCGCCCCUGAUUGGGGGGAAGGAGGGCCCACCUGCUGUCUGUCUAGUUUUCAGUUCAUUUAUAGGAGGGGGUGUUGGCCUGGUUUCUGCUCCUUUGGGCGAACACUGGGUUGCACGUGUACGAGUACUUACGGUUUUUGAAAUCACACUCGUGGGGACAGUAGAAACUCCCUGUAGGUAGGUUUUAAAACUGCCCAUUUCAUUUGAUCUCAGAGUAGAAUUCAUUUCUUUCUUUCA